AUGCUGGCGGUUCUGUCGGCAAACUCGGAGGCGGCGAGCGGCCGAAGGCGAGAGCUGCCCUCGUCCAUCAAGUUCAUCCACCUGGAUGCGCUCCAGGCAGCCACCAACGCCUAUGGCGAAGCGGCCGGGCUCAUUAUGGGCGUGGUGCAGCUGCUGCGACAGGCGGAGAUCUGGUCCAAGUUCCAGGCCCUUGACUCCUACUGCGACAACCUGCUGUCCAACUGGGAGCCGCCCUGGGUCCCAGAGGACCUCGAGGAGGAGGAGAGGAGGGCGGCGCGGGAGAUGAACCUCAACCGCCUGGCGCAGGAAGAUGAGUCCACGGUCUACGACUGGGCCAUGGCCUUGGACGGGUUUCUCUCCUUCGUGGCGAACCUCGCCGUGGCGGCCCGUGUGCACGCAGCCGGAGAGGUGGAGACUGAAAGGUUUCACAUCGAGGAGCUGCAGAAGGAGCCGAGCGGAUCUUUCACACCAUCGCAGUCGAGUGAGCUUUCCAAAGCCAAACCUGCGCUGGUGGUGGUGGUCCCGGACAUGACGGACUGGCACUUGGAAGUCUUCGGCCCGCUGCUGCGGGCGCUGAAGAUCUUCAUGCUGGCCGAGCAGGCGUGGCGAGCAGACUUUGAUGCCGCCAGCAGCGUGCCGUUCUCGGUGGAGGCCGCGGUGAGAGCCGGAGGAUAG